AUGGACUCUCAUCUUUACAAUGAAUUCAUCUCCGAUGACAUAAUCGUCUACUCAGUUCUCGCCUUCCUCGUAAUUCUCCUCAUCAUCGUGAACUGUAUCCUCUGUUGUUUCCGUCCAAAGAAAACCAGCAAAUACAUGGAAAACGAGAUUUCAGAAGUCUUUAAAAUCGAUGAAAUGUUCAGAUUCUUGGACACAACGACUUCUACGAGAUAUUAUGACGCUCCGAGCAGAUUCCUCUCAUCGACAACUAUCGAGUCAGUAGUUUGA